AAACUGUCAGCUGCUUUAAUUGUUGUUUGUUUGUUCAGCGAUCAUCGGUCAGUAAAAUUCCUUCAACUUAACUUUCACUCGUUUUAAACAUAGUUAUUCGACUGUAUUCAAACGUCAUACCAGUUGUAACUGAACUUCACCUUUGUACUUUGCUGCAAUCGCCAUCCUAUAACGCACUUGGCAUACAUUAUGGCAGCAGAACAAACCCGCGACACUGGCACAAGUUGGUGGAAAGAAUUUUCUAAUUUUAUGCGUAAAGAUACGAAAGGCGUUGAGAUAGUCAGCUACACAGUAUCUGGAAUUUUACUGUUUGUGGCCUACAGAAAAAUACGCCCAGUCACUAUUUUCGGUAAACCAUCGGACAUACCGCAUCAUUUUGUCCGUGAUCAAGUAAAACAGUAUGGUAGGGUAACUAAAAUAGAACCGUCACAAGUGUACGGUCCUCUGCUAGUUGUGCAACAUCAUCCACCGGCGAAGGUAUUUUUUUGGUCGAGCAAAACCAUACCUAUCAAGAUAGAUGGUAUCGAUAUCAACGCCAAUGGGUAUUCCUGGUUGCAGUCCGUUGUGACCGGCAAAGAAAUAUGCUUCAUCCCGAUGAAGGAACCAUCCAGCGCCGCUCAGAUUGAAUGCCGUGUCUGUAUAAACGAUUCGAAAAAGCACAUAGAUGUUGGUGAAGCAUUGCUUAGCCUAGGGUUCGCCAAGCUCUCCGUCCCGGUGCCAAAAUCGGUACCAAAUCGAAAAGAUGUGCACGCUGUCGCACUAUAUCAAUAUUAUCGAACGUUGGCCAAGGCUGAACGGUACGCCAAGGAUCGUCGCAAUGGUUUGUGGCAAAGUUCGUUGGGUCCCCGGGUUUGGCCACUAUCGUUGUGGCCUGUAUUGUGGGAUCGUGUGACCAACCCCAACCGCGUUCCGGCGCUUGUUCGAUGAUGCACUGUUUCAAUCUAUGGUUCACUACAGUGAGUGAGAAAUAAUAGAAAACUUGCAGUAUGUGUAAUGCAUAUUUUCUGUUGGUGCCUUAAGCUUGUAUAUCUAUGACAGAAAAAGCAAUCAAUAAAAUGUUACAAAUCGUACUUAAACUUA